AUGGACUCAAACAACACAGACGACAAGAAAAUCAAGUGUCCCUCUUGUGCCACCACUUUCAGCCAUCGGUCUUCGCUUAUCCGCCAUCUCAGGAAGAAGUGCAACCAGUCUCAGUCGCAAUCACUCCGCCGAAAAGCCUGCGCUCAAUGUGUUGCCAACAAGGCGCGGUGUAACCUCAAGCGUCCCAGCUGCUCCCGGUGCGCACUGAGGCAGGCGCCUUGUCAGUAUCCAGUUUCGGCAGAAGACCCGUCCGAAUCACCAUCCCCGGAGACAGAGGAAGUGGACACAUUGACGCAGAUUGACCUGGACUCUCUACUACCUGAACCGUCAGGAACGCUUGUACUGCCGGAACCACCAGCUGCCGACUCGUCCAGCCUGUUUGAAGCACUAUUUUCGGACACUGCGCCCUGGGAUCUGUCGCUCCCAGUCGACAUCAAUCCGUUACCACAGCGACGUGACUCGGCACUCGUUCUAAAUGGUGGGCAGGCAUACUCAUCUGAACUGUUUGGAGAUCUCUCAGCUCCGCUACUCUCGCCGAAACCUACUCUUGAUAACGCUGCCGCGCUGGUAAUCCAUAGCAUGGAAUUUAUCUUUCGCGUCUUACGGGCAUGGCCAAGAAUGUUGGCUGAAGAAUUUCAGACUCCUCCUUUGAUCCAUCACAGCCACAUUGGCGACGGCAAGUCUCUACCGCUCCCGUUGGCUAAUUGCGUCACGCUGGUCAAGAUGUGGCAUGGGCAUUGUCAAGGCGCAGAAGAUAUGGUCCACAGACUGAUCAUGAAUGAGGUCAACAGACGUUUGACGAAGUUUGAGGAUCUCGAUGAAUCUUCGCUUCUCGCCGUCUUACAAGCAGUCACCAUCUACAUAAUCAUCCUCCUCUUCCCAGCUGGCGGCUCCCGCCCAACUCUCCCCGACGUGAACCUCUUUCGCAAAGUCCAGGACCUCGUCAACCAUACCGCCAGCACAGGCCUCUUUCUGCAGGAAGAACGGGAGCAAAUGCGCCCAGACUGGUCAGCUUGGGUCCAUGUUACAUCCAAGAGACGCGCAGUACUCUCGCUCUACCUCAUCCACUGGGCCUACGCCGUCUUUCACGGCAUACCUUCGUUCAACUGCCGGGAGCUUGCGUUUAUGCCCGCGCCUGCUGCAAAGAUCCUAUGGCAGGCUCAGUCAGAGCAGGAAUGGAAUUCAAUAUAUAUCAAAUGGCUAGCGAGGUGGGAUGGACAUGGGUACAUUCAAGGGGAGUAUGAUCAGAUUCGACCCGGUAUCAAGAUGCAGCCGAGAGCCGAGAAGUGGUUAGAGGAGACGGAUGAGUUUGGGAUGAUUAUGAUUUCGAUCGUGAAUGCUACGGACUACCAUCCGACUUUUGGGUCGAUGGUUCAAGACGUUCGGUCAUUGAUCACGUAUACGGGACACGAAGGACGCAGCCAUAUCAACAACCGAAUUGACUGGAUAAGACGCAAGAUAGCGGAAGAUCCCAAUAAGCUCCAAGGCCUUGAAAUAUCGGAGAGCAAAAACAUCGGCUACGCAGUGGACACAGAACCAAAAAGUUCCGAGACCGAAAUCAGGCCCGGCGAGUAG